CCGAAAUUCCCUUCCAUAGUUUCAUACCGUACCCUGGCGAAGGUUUCAUAAAACCAUUGACAUGUCGUCUUCGUCCAUGGAACUCAUCGAGAAGCACCGAGAGAACGCCGAGAUACACACAGAUCCGACGGUUUGCAAGGAGAAGGUCCUGGAGCUCCUCCGGGAGAUCAACAUGCCGUCGGGGCUCCUCCCCCUGGGCGACAUCGCGGAGGUCGGCCGGAACUUGGAGACCGGAUUCGUGUGGCUGAGGCAGAAGGCGGCCAGGGAGCACACUUUCGAGAAGAUCGGGAAGCGCGUCUGGUACGACAAAGAGGUCACCGCCUUCGUCGAAGACCGGCGGAUGAAACGCGUCACCGGCGUCCAGUCCAAGGAGCUCCUCAUCUGGGUCACCCUCUCUUACAUCCACAUCCCCGACCCGGAUGCCGGAAAAAUCGUUUUCGCCACCCCUGCCGGCCUCUCCAGGUCCUAUCAGGUCUCGGCGUUUGAAGACGACGACAAGAACUGAAGCUAGAUCCACCGGGUCAAUCAAUAAACUGGAACACUCAAACCUCACCUCGCCGCUAUUUCAGUUCUCUAUAUUGCUCUAAUUUUAUAGAUUCCUAAAUGGUAAAAAUUCUAAUUCCACAUCUCUUCUCUGCUUAUUUCAUCUUUAUAGAUAUUCGACAUUGUUCCAUGCGUAUGUAUACCUUGUCUCCAUUUUACUCGUACUUUAACGAAUUUCUCUUGUUAUUUGGAGCCCAUUUGAUUUGCUUUAAUUAGAUCUUAUCACCAAC